GCCAGUUACAGAUUGAGAACCGCAGCAAAGAGCGCAGAUUGCAGGGGAGAGGGUCAUACACAGCCAUUGGAAGCAAUAACUAAGUGGCAGUGAAUCAGGUUAAAUGUGCUGCUGUUAAUUAAGAAUAAUAUCCUCCAGAUAAAAUGAAUAAGCACUGUCUCCCACUUGCAAGGAUUACCUCAUUCUUGGAACGUCUCCUUUUUUCACAUUAGCUCAAUUCAAGAUGCCUCACUUCAGAGCUACAGACUGUAAUGUAGAAGCUUCAGAUGCUGUAAAAUCCUCCUAAUGCCACAAAACAUAAUUCAACCCCCCCUCCUCUUUUAUGCUGAUGCCAGUCCAGCUUCCCGAACUACCGCCAGACAAUGAAGAGGCCCAAGCAGCAUCAGCAUCUCAGCUUCUUCAAUUUCUUCAGCCGGAAGCCCAAAUCUGACCCCAGACUGGACAAGGCAGCAGCACAGGAGGACAGAGUGCCCCCCAAAAGGCGAGAUGAGAUUGCUAUCACACUGACGCCCAGCGAGCAUGGAGACAGGGGCGUCGAAGGAGGAGAAAGGGGAGGAGGCCGGAUUGGUCUUUCGUCUGCUUCCUCCAGCCACGAGCAACUGCUGCCAUACCUGGAGUGCCCCCUGUGCCUUCUCAGCCAGCCACGGUGCCACUUCCCCCAGCUCUCGUCAUGCCCCCACCGCUCAUGCUCCGAUUGUCUGCACCAGUAUCUGCGCAUUGAGAUCACAGAAAGCCGGGUGUGCAUUGCUUGUCCCCAGUGCCCGGAGAUGCUUGCCCCAACCGAUAUCCGCACUAUCCUUGGUGAAGAGGCCUUGCUUGAGAGGUAUGAGGAAUACCAGCUGAGGAGGUUCCUGGCUUCCGACACUGAUACCCGAUGGUGCCCAGCACCAGACUGCAGCUAUGCAGUGAUAGCCAGUGGCUGUGCAGAGUGCCCAAAGCUGAGCUGUGGGCGGGAAGGCUGUGGAACCGAGUUCUGUUACCACUGCAGACAGCUGUGGCACCCAGACCAGACCUGCGACCAGGCCCGACUACAGAGGUCCCGCAAUGCCUCUGGAAACAAUGGCGCUUCCACAAUGUUUACUUUUAAUGAGGAGACAGGCAGUGAGGUUGAGGAAAUCAAAGCCUGCCCACGAUGUGGGGCUUACAUCAUGAAGACGAAUGAUGGCAGCUGUAACCGAAUGAACUGCACUGUUUGUGCCUGCCAGUUCUGCUGGCUGUGCAUGAAGGAGAUUACUGACGUGCACUACCUUAGUCCCUCUGGUUGCACGUUCUGGGGUAAGAAGCCCUGGUCUCGAACAAGGAAGGUUCUCUGGCAGGUGGGCAUGCUGCUGGGAGCGCCAGUGGUCAUUUCUCUCAUUGCAGGCCUCGCCAUUCCAGUAAUAAUUGUUGGGAUACCAAUCUAUAUGGGGAGAAAGGUCUACAGUCGAUGUAAAAAAAACAAUAUCUCAGGAAGUAAGCAGUACCUGACUGUAGCCAGUGGGGUUGUCAUGUCAGUGUUCGUCUCUCCUGUCAUAGCAGCUGUGACUGUGGGCGUGGGAGUCCCGCUCAUGGUAACUUAUGUGUAUGGCGUGGUUCCCAUGUCCCUCUGUCGAAAUGGUUGGUGCGGCACUGAGGAGGAUCAAGCAGAGUCAGGGAAAAUACAUCUGGAAGAUUUAGCUAACUAUCUAAUGUUCUCUUAUGUAGUCAGUGACCACUGGACUGGUAAAUCCAACCCAGCGGUUAGUGAAGCGAGUGUCCAUGAAGCAACCACUCUCCCCAGUACCAGCAGAAGCCACCCAGACAAGGAAAGUAAUAAAGAGCUGGACAACCAAUCCGCAAGCACCGUGGCCCUGGCAGGGAGCAUGUUCAGUGAGACACAGGACCCCUCCUUUUGGGAAGGGAAUAACAUUGAGGUGCAGGUGGAGAUUGAAGCUCAUCCGAGGGACGGUCGAGAGCAGAGCCUCAGUAGCAUCCUGUCCAGCCAGAGCCUGUCAGUGGAGUCCCUGGGGUGUUCCCGGGAGCAGCUGUGUGGAGGCGAGCUGAACCGAGGGGCUACACCUGAAACAAUAAACGUUGUUUAAAGUGCACUCAAACAGCUACACCCUGGCAGCCAGCAGUAUUACCUUUGGCUGCUUCAAACUAGCCUCCAGUUUUACAGGAGUUUGAGAGCUGUUGUCUCAUUCAAAUAGUCGUAUCCUUUGGUUUUGUUUUUAUUAUUAUUUUUUUUAUUAUUAUUUUAUUUAAUAUUAAUAAAAGUGUUUGUAGUUUUAAUUUGAAUUUUACGUUUUUAUCAUCUUUGCAUAAAAAAAAAAAAAACUGUUCACUGCAUGAAUUCUUUUCAUGCAAAAAAUGUAGCCUGCUCCUUAAAACAAAGAUAUACAUAGAAUCAUAUAUAACACGAGAUUUAGCAGAGACUGUAAGUGUAUACUGUAACAGUACCAAUAACUCCUUCUCUGUCACAUGGAAACUGUCUUGGGUUCUCAGCUCCUAUUUUGGAGGUAAUUUAGGAAAUAUGGACCACUGUAUCCAUAGCUUCACAUUGAAGAUCACUGCGGUAAUAAUUAACAAUAAAGAUUA